GUAGUAUUACUACCCAGCGAUGAGGCAUGUCAUCUGUACGAAGUUCUUGCAGGAACGUAAAAAAAGAGCGGAAGAUAUUUCUUUACCGUAGAGCGACACUCGUUUGAUAUUGCGCGUCAAAGAAAUAACCUGAAGAGGGAGCGCGUUCACGGAAUACAGGGGUGGGCUAGCGCAUUGCGGAAGAGGUGGGGGUCGCUACCGGAAGUCGGAGCAAUGGAGAAUUAAGGGAGGGGUUUAGAAUGGGGGCGAAAAAAAAAAAGGAAAGGGAGAAUAGUUAGAAACCGAAGUUUCAGGUACCGACGUGAACAGAUUUGUUCCUUUGCAUAUGUCACAGUAGCAGAAAGUGGAUUUUUUUAAAUUGCAAGAGAAAAAAGAUACCAAUACCAGAAGAGCAGAGUGAUUUUAUUUCCAUUGAUUUAUCACAUUUUGAUUGAUAUUUGAAGAAUUUUUGAGUGAACAGAUAUCUUUGUUAUAAUGCGUUAAACUGGAAUUGCUGUAAAGUUUCCAAUGCAGGAACAUUUUCAAACAGAUUUUUAAAUAUAUCAGCACUAUAGAAGGACACCUUAAAAUAUCUGGAUGCAGCUAUUUCAUUUAUUUUUUUAUGAACUGAAAUCCUGAGGUUUUUGACACAGUAUCUGGAAUCAUGGCUUUUACAAACUAUAGCAGUUUAAACCGUGCUCAGUUGACCUUCGAAUAUCUGCACACUAAUUCAACAACACAUGAGUUCUUGUUUGGAGCUUUGGCAGAACUCGUUGAUAAUGCCAGAGAUGCUGAUGCUACAAGGAUCGAUAUUUUUACAGUGCAGAGAGAAGACUUGCGAGGUGGAUUUAUGCUUUGCUUUCUUGAUGAUGGAGCAGGAAUGGACUCAGGCGAAGCUGCUAGUGUCAUUCAGUUUGGUCGUUCUGCUAAAAGAACUCCUGAAUCUAUUCAGAUUGGACAGUAUGGGAAUGGUUUAAAAUCGGGUUCUAUGCGAAUCGGAAAAGAUUUCAUCCUCUUUACAAAGAAGGGAGAUACUAUGACCUGCCUCUUCCUAUCUCGUACUUUUCAUGAAGAGGAGGGCAUUGAUGAGGUGAUUGUGCCUCUUCCUACAUGGAAUGCAAAAACAUUUGAACCGUUAACGGAUAACAUGGAGAAAUUUGCCAUUGAAACAGAACUCAUCUAUAAGUAUUCACCCUUCCGUUCCCAAAAGGAAAUCCUUGAGCAGUUCAGAAAGAUCACUGGUGAUACAGGUACAUUAGUUGUGAUAUUUAACUUGAAGCUUAUGGAUUUGGGAGAGCCAGAACUGGAUGUUGUCUCUGACCCAAAAGAUAUUCAGAUGGCUAGGACGCCUCCAGAAGGAACGAAGCCUGAGCGGCGUUCAUUCCGAGCGUAUGCUGCUGUACUUUAUAUUGAUCCAAGAAUGAGAAUAUUUAUUCAUGGUCACAAGGUGCAGACAAAGCGUCUCUCAUGUUGCCUCUACAAACCCAGAAUGUAUAAAUAUACAUCAAAUCGUUUUAAAACACGAGCAGAACAGGAGGUGAAGAAAGCUGAGCACAUGGCUAAAAUUGCGGAGGAUAAGGCACGAGAGGCGGAGAGCAAAGCUCGCGCUAUGGAGCAUCGACUUGGAGAUGACCUGACUCGGGAAUCCAGAGUCACUCUUAGACAGGUUCAGAACACAGCAAUAACUUUUCGUAGAGAGGCAGAUGUGAAAAAACGGAUUAAGGAAGCAAAGCAGAGAGCCCUAAAAGAACCAAAAGAACUCAAUUUUAUCUUUGGUGUAAAUAUUGAGCAGCGAGAACUGGAUGGGAUGUUUGUAUAUAAUUGCAGCCGUCUAAUCAAAAUGUAUGAAAAGGUUGGACCUCAGCUUGAAGGUGGCAUGGCUUGUGGGGGCGUAGUGGGGGUAGUGGAUGUGCCAUACCUUGUUCUGGAACCAACUCACAACAAACAAGACUUUGCAGAUGCAAAGGAGUAUCGCCAUUUAUUACGGGCCAUGGGAGAGCACUUGGCACAGUACUGGAAAGACGUGGGCGUAGCACAGAAAGGAAUUGUGAAAUUCUGGGAUGAAUUUGGUUACAUAUCUGCUAACUGGAACCAACCACCUUCGGGUGAGCUGCGUUUUAAACGGAGACGAGCAAUGGAGAUCCCUACGACUAUACAGUGUGAUAUGUGCCUAAAAUGGAGAAUGCUUCCAUUCCAGCUGAGCUCUGUUGAAAAGGAAUAUCCCGACACCUGGGUCUGCUCUAUGAACCCUGACCCAGAACAGAACAGAUGUGAGGUGGCCGAAAUGAAGCAGAAGGUUCCUGUUGGAGUGCUAAAAAAAGACAUAUUAUCCUCUGAAGACAAAAAGAAACACAUUGCAGAUAAGAUUCGACAGCAGCAAGAGAAGCUGGUGGCUCUGCAGAAAAUGACCCCUGUGUGUUCAAGUGCAGACAUAAAGAAGCUCCCUUUGGAGGUCAGCACACGUCCAGCAGAGGCCUCUCCAUCCCUUGUUCGAACUCCAAGGCCAAGGUCACCCCCCCUUCCUGCUGUGCUUAAGGAGAUUAUCCGUCCACCAGCACCGCGAGGUGGCAGUACAGUUAAAAAGCCAGAACCAACACGAAUUAGCCGUGAGCUGGCUAGCACUUCAAAAACGCAAACACAAAACACAGCUAUUGUUAGAUCGAAUAAUACUGGCAAGGUUAACACCAAACCAGUUUCCAUAUUGAGAUCUUUGCAAAGCACUAUUUUGCCCUCUGUCUCACAAGUUCGAUCUUCUAGACCUUCCACAACGCCAUCUCCAAGUCAUAAAAACAACAAAACAGUGAUGUCUAAGAGACCUGCUCCAUUAAAAUCUCCUCUGGUGAGCACCUUUAGAAAAAGAAGUUCUCUGCAGAGAGAUCCUGAGGAUGAGGAAGAAGAAGAGGAGGAAGAGUUAGUAAUUACUCGAAAGCCUGAAAAACCCAAACGCUCUAAGAUGGUGGAAGUGAAACAAGAAAAGAAAGACUCAAAUGAGGUAGAAGUGAAGGCUCCACAAAUACAGUCUGAACCUAGUGUCUCUAAACAACUGGCACCUAGACUUGUGGAAGAGGAUAUUCAAAGUGUUAAAGCUGCCCAAAAAGAUAAAGGUUUGCACGUAGAGGUGCGUGUAAAUAAGGAAUGGUUCACUGGACGUGUCACAGCUGUAGAACUGGGAAAACAUGGGGUACGAUGGAAAGUGAAGUUUGAUUAUGUGCCUACAGAUACCACCCCACGAGAUCGAUGGGUGGACAAAGGCAGUGAAGAUGUUAGACUCAUGAGACCACCCUCCCCUGAAUGCCAAACACCAGACACACAGCAAGCAGAGCCUUCCACUUCUGACAAUACCCGGAUAGAGCCAGAUACGACUGAGCCGGGAGCAAGCCCUGCACCUUUAGAGAUGCUUGUACAGACACUUAGGAACUGCUUGAGGUAUUUUCUGCCGCCCAACUUUCCCAUUUCAAAAAAUGAUCUGAGUACGAUGAGUGCAGAGGAUCUGAUUGCCUUUCCACUGAAGGAUUAUUUCAAGCAGUAUGAGGUUGGCCUACAGAACCUGUGCAAUUCUUAUCAGAGUCGUGCAGAUACACGAGCUAAGGCAUCAGAGGAAAACCUGCGCAAUACAGAAAGGAAGCUAAAGGAAGCAGAGGAAAAGUUACAGAAACUAAGGACCAACAUUGUGUCUCUACUGCAGAAAGUACAAGAGGACAUAGAUAUAAAUACAGACGAUGAGUUGGAUGCUUAUAUUGAAGACUUGAUUACAAGAGGAGACUAAAGCUGUUUGAAAACUGGUUCCAACUGAGACCCUGAACAGGAUAAGAAUUUAUAUACCUUCCCAAUUGAACAGAGGUGCUGGUCCAACAUCUCAGCAGUCGCUUGCGCACUGUACAGCGUCAAUGUUUUGAUGUGAUACAUUCUUGUGGUUUUUACAUACUCAGCAUGUGCUGUUCUUCGGAAAAUUUUAAAUAUUGUAGUUCAACUCAUUUCUUUGUUUAUAAAUAUUUAUUUUUUAAAUAUG